CCCGCCACAAUAGCACAACUCAGCAAGGAUGCAAAGCGGGGUCAAAAGAUCAGUGCCUUCCCCUCAUCCACACACACGCUCACGCACGCACGCACGCACAAACACCCGCGCGGGCGCUUCUCACUGGCUGCUGUUUCAUUGUGCGCCACAACUUUGCCAUGAUAGGCCAGCACGGGAGGCGCGCACCUUGCGUUACAGGCAUUACGGUAGCGCAGCAACACUGUCCUCCCGUAACACACACGCGCUCCACACUCGUACACACACACACAGCCCGAGUGAUUCAACUCUGAUUUCCAGCGAACGAGCGAGCAACAGACGGGAUGCCAAAAAGUGGAGAGCGCUGGAGAGGUUAACGCGCGCGCAGAACCAAAACCAGAUCGCCGGGAAACACGGGCAACUAAACAAGAAGAGAAGCCGCGGGUUUUUUUGUUUUUUUCUUCUCCUCCGCGGCAACUUGCACUCAGUGGCAGAGUUUAGCGGCAGUAUUGUUCAGACUUCACUCCAGAGGGGCCACUCCGAGGAAAGAGGACGCACACAAAAGGGAAAAGGAAAGGACUAACGAGCGCGCCGUGGCGUUAAAGUAAUGCUCCCGCGGUCUUAGAUCCUAGGUCUCCUUGUCUCUCCCUCUCCUUUCUGUCUGCUCAUUUUUUCCAUUUUUAUUUUAGUAUAUAUUUUUUUACGUCCCGUCGGUUGGUAUCCCCCCCACCCCUCCCUGCUUUUGUCGCUGCGAGAGAGUGGACGCGCCGGGAUCAGAGGAGCAAACGCGGGCUGUCCACAUGGUCCAACCACUGGCGUGAAAGUUGACUUCUCCAGAAACCAAGAGAACAGGUGCCAGUGAUGAUGGUGGAAUCAGCUUCUGAGACCAUUCGAACGACACCGUCCAACCAGAACGGAGUCAGCAGCCUCAGCAGCCAGUCAGAUGGAGGAGGAGGUAGAGAGGGCGGGUCCAAUGGAGACGCCAACGGAGAGAUCAGUCCGGUCGACCUACUGCACCUGCAACAGCAACAGGCUCUCCAAGCAGCCAGACAGUUCCUGCUCCAGCAGGCCUCUGGACUAAACUCCCCUGGCAGCAACGAGGUCAAGCAGAGCCCAGUGCAGGUGCCGGUGUCAAUGGCCAUGAUGAGUCCGCAGAUGAUCACUCCUCAGCAGAUGCAGCAGAUUCUGUCUCCCCCUCAGCUACAGGCCCUGUUGCAACAGCAGCAAGCUCUGAUGCUCCAGCAGUUACAGGAGUAUUACAAGAAGCAGCAGGAGCAGUUACAUCUUCAGCUUCUGACUCAGCAGCAGCAGCAGCAACAGCAGCAGCAGCAGCAACAGGCUGGGAAGCAAGCAGCAAAAGAGCAGUUAGGCAGUAAGCAGCUGGCCUUCCAGCAGCAGCUGAUCCAGAUGCAGCAGCUCCAGCAGCAGCACAUUCUCAACCUCCAGAGACAAGGCCUGGUUCCUCUGCAGCCCACCGCUGCCAUGCAGUCCCUGCAGCAAGCGAUGUGCCCGUCAGACCUCCAGCAACUGUGGAAAGAAGUUUCGGGGGUUCCAAGCGGCGAGGAGGCCCUAAAACAGGCCGAAGGCCUGGAUCUGAGCACCAAUAGCUCCAACUCUACCUCAGCCUUCCCCAAAGCUGCCAAUGCUCAUAUUUCCCUGCACAAUCUGCCCAACGGACAGAGCCACACCCCAAAGAGAGACAGAGCAAGACUGUUUGAGUGGAUAUCCUCCUUCACCAAGGCAGACAGCCCCGAUGACCAUGUCCCCCUUUACUCCAAAAGCAGCCAGCCUCCCAGCAGCCAUCAUGAAGAACAUACCGGCUCUCAUCCCCUCUACGGCCACGGAGAGUGUAAAUGGCCUGGUUGUGAAGCACUGUGUGAGGACAUGGGGCAGUUCAUCAAGCACUUGAACAACGAGCACGCCCUGGACGACCGCAGCACCGCUCAGUGCAGAGUCCAGAUGCAGGUGGUUCAGCAACUGGAGAUACAGCUGGCGAAGGAGAGUGAGCGACUUCAGGCCAUGAUGACCCACCUGCACAUGCGCCCCUCUGAGCCAAAGCCUUUUAACCAGCCGCUGAACCUGGCUUCCAGUGGCUCUCUUUUAAAGCGGGAAAGCGAGGCCUACCCCGAGGGUCUUCCCCACCCCCCCACCUCGGCUGCCACCCCAAUCACCCCUCUGCGCCAGGGACCCUCUGUCAUCAGCUCUUCCAGCCUGCACACACACUCCCACUCCCACACGCAUCCCGUCGGGCCCAUACGGAGGCGCAACUCGGACAAGUACUGCACCCCUAUCGCCUCAGAGCUUGCUCAAAACUGUGAGUUCUACAAGAACGCUGAUGUCAGGCCCCCCUUUACCUACGCCUCCCUUAUACGUCAUGCCAUUCUGGAGUCGCCAGACAGACAGUUGACUCUUAACGAGAUCUACAACUGGUUUACACGAAAGUUUGCCUACUUCAGGAGAAAUACAGCCACAUGGAAGAACGCCGUACGUCACAACCUGAGUCUGCACAAGUGCUUUGUUCGUGUUGAGAACGUGAAGGGCGCCGUGUGGACUGUGGACGAAGUCGAAUACCAAAAGAGGAGACCACCAAAGAUGACCGGAAGUCCCACUCUGGUGAAAAACAUGAUUUCAGGCCUGGGCUUUGGAUCACUGAAUGCCAGCUACCAGGCGGCUCUGGCAGAAAGCAGUUUGUCCUUGCUGAACAGCCCUCCCCUGGUGACCCCCCCAUCUGCAGCCAGCCUCAACAUGCUUCACGUGGGCCACGAUGAUGUCAGCUCCACUGUGGAGCAGGUCAACAGCAACGGCAGCUGCAGCCCGACGCUCAGCCCUCAGCAGUACAGCCACCCGGUGCAUGUGAAGGAGGAGCCCACUGAGGUGGAGGAGGACAGUCGACCUGUGUCCUUGCUGGCCGGCGUCACGCACAGCCUGCCGUUGCCGAGCGACGAGCGUGACCUAGAGGAGGAUCUCCCCACUGAAGAGCUGGAGUAGGACAGAUCCGGGACAGACCGGAGGGACGGAUCUUGUCCACCUCCGACCCUCUCACCUGUGUGAAGACGGAAAGUUAACAACAGUACGACUUAAGAGAGAGAAGAAGAAAAAAAAAAGCGAAUGUUUUAUUUGUUUUCAAGAAAAUUCAAGCAACCAGGAGUGGCACCGAGAAACUCUAAACAGGGUUAGAUGAUUUUUGUUACUUUUAGAUGCAAAGACGAGACUGUGGAGAACUGCUUUACCUCCAUGUGAUGCUUUCACAACACUUGGCUCAGAGGUGUAACACCACUUGAGGCGUACGCACUCACACAACAUGUGUGCGCACAAAAUACACUUGUGAAACCACGUUUCAUCCCCCUCCCUAGAAAAAAAAACAACCCAACCUUUACAUAAAGACCCCAAGCGGCAUGGACACGCUCUCCUCUUCAUCCAGCUGGCAUAACCCUCCUCUCUGGGAUCUUUGGCUGCCUGGCUUGUCACUUUAUCCCAGUUGAGAAGAUGCACACAGGAUCAUGUGUAUAUAGAUCCCUCGGAGAGGACCCCUCCCCUCGUUUCCCUCUUUGUACCUGUCACUUGCUUUUUCGAAUCCUUUGAUUCGAUUCCAAUGAAACUUCAAGAUGAAGACGAAGGAAGAGCGCUUCAAAGAUUACCUCUGACACCCGUGCAGAGCAGGCUUCUGCCUACACCUGUUUGUGGGCGCUCCGCGCGGCCGAGCUGGCAGAGGCGGGGCUCUCGCCCUGGUCCCGCCCACCUCCAAACUCCUGACACUUCUCGAGGGACACCUUCUCAAAUCCUUUUGUUAGGUAGGAAGAGAGAAACGGGAUAUUCUCCUGCCCGGCUUACAGUUUCCCAUCCCGUCAUCCCCCCCCGACCCCCCCAAGAAGACUGCAUGAAUCGGACAAUUUGGUGCUGUCCUUCUCUCUGCCAUGCCCAGAUGGAGGGAUGAGCAUGGGGCACCUGGGAGAAGAAGAAAUGAGAGGACACAGAAGGGAGGGAGGAAGCAUCUACAGAAACAUUGUGACAAAAAAAAGAAAACUGUUGAUUAUUGAAUAUUACAUGAAAAAAUGUGUGGUAGCUUUUUGUCCUUUUUUUUAUUUGAUGUUAUUAUCAUCGUUCAUUUUUUGAGGAUGAAUAUUUGCAAGGUGGAGAUCUAUUUCUUUUUUUUUAUUAUUAUCUUUUCUAAGGAGACUGCUUUUGUUUUUUUGUAUUGUAAUUUUUUCUCUGGUUGUUCACACCAUUCCAAAUAAGUGUUGGCCAAAAAAAAACAGAAAACUAUCAAGAAAAAAAAGUGCAGUAUUGUCCCGACCAACCCGACAUCUACUCCCUUCCCCUCAGUCCCAAGUGUAGCAGGUAAGCAAAUUGGAAAGAGCACUUAAAGUAAACAUUACCCAGAUAGAUUAUUUAAUAGAUGACUUUUUGUUUCUUUAACUUCUACUCUCACGUGUUUUAGUUGUGUAUUUAGUUGAGAAAUAUCUGUAAUGCUUUAAAAAAUAUAUAUAAAUAUAUAAUAACUGCAGUCAGAGAAUACCUCAUCCCACAAAGGUUCUGCCCAGAACUGUGUCCAAAAUUCAUAAAGAAGUAAGGGGGAAUUCUUACAGUGGGAGACCAAAUGUGGCGACUCUGCUCAGCUUCUAUCAAAGGUUAAAAAAGGUUAGAAGCGAUCUGCAAUUCACUGUGUGAAUUUGUGUUAAAGGAAGUGAGAUUUGUUUCUUUGUUUUCCGUGAGCAUCAGAACAUUACUUUCCUCUACAGUGCCAUACCAAAUUUAGCUUUUAUUUUAUUCUAUAACCUGCUUAUUCCCAUUUUAUUUUUGUUACAGGUAACCAAAGAAAUGUGUAGAAAAACCAAAAAAAAACAGUAGGUUAUUAUUUUCCUUUGUGUUUCUUUCUCUCUUUUUUAUAUUUUUAAAGAACUGGCCAAAAGACAACUAACCAGAAGUUUUAUUUGUUCUCUGUUUUAUUUUUUAGUGUGUUCAUAUAAACAUUGUGUUGAAAUUUCUUACAGUGCUGACCAUUCCAAAAACCAAAGUGUUUGAAGCAAACUGAGAUCUGGAGAGGGUUAGACGCGACUCAAGUUAAAUUUAGCAUCAACAAAUCUGCACAGUUCCUCUGGAAAGAAAGGAAAGAUUAAAAUAAAUAAAUAAAAGCACUUAAAGGCGUGUCCCCGUACCUGCUAUUAAACCGACCCCAAUUUAUUUCAAACAAUAUUUACUGCUUCUAAUAAACCAAUCUGCUGUCUGGAGAUGCCAACAAAGCAAAACAAAUGUGUCUUUCCUCUAAGGCUUGGCAUUACAAGGUACUUUUUUUCAGCUGGUUUUGCAUGUUCAAAAUGCUUUGAAGAAAGGCUCUCCGAAAAUGUGUGCUGUCCACAAAAAAAGAAAGGGUACUGCAUGGAGCCUCAGAAAGUCAAACUUGGUUUUUCAAACACAACCGAGAGAGAAAACCUGAUGGAAAUAACCGAGACAUUAUAGAAUUUAAGGUUGAGUUCAUGUGUUUUUUUGAAAAACUAGAUCAAGCACUUCAAGAUGUUCUUUCCUAUUUAAUAAAAGAACAUUUACCAAUGGCUUUGUGUUGAAACAGGAAGUCUACGACUUGUCUACCUGAUUAGAAAAGUGCAAAAGUGGAAGACAGACAGGACAGCUUGAAAUGAGAUGAAAACCAAAAAUAACACUACCUCCUCUUCGACGCUGUUGGACAAAUAAUAAAUGAGGGACUCAGCUCUUUUAAAAAUCUUAUUUCUCCAAUUCUUCAAUGAUAAAAAUGUAACCAUUUUUAAAUCAUAUACUGUGUCUCACAAAGACAAAAAAGUAAAAGUUAUUUGUUGGUUCCGAUUCUCUUGACAUCUGCUUUAGCUCAAAAAGAUAUUCACUUUCCAUGUAACUAAUAACGACUACCUCUCCGUAAAACACCUCUAAAACGGUCUCGGCUUCUCAAAAUCUGCUUGGCGACAUAUUCCCUCGAAGGCGAACCCGCUUUCUGACCACCUGACGAAUGCUCUGUGAUCUUGAACUCUUGAGAUCUGUUGUGUUUGUAGUGACGGAUUUAACGUUUCACUGCUGCAACGUUGCCUCUCACACACACACAGGUAGAACAAAAGCAGGGCUAUGGAUUAGACCCUCAACACAGCUGCAUCCUCAUCUCUGAAACCCAAAACUUUAGAGAAAGCUCUUCACCACGAUCCAAACCAAGAGGAACUGCUGCAUCCAGAACAGAUAUGAUCUCUGACUUGUGCUUUAAGGUACACCUGUAAACAAAGCUGUUUUAUAAAAAUGUAGAUUGUUCACAGGUCACCGUUAACAAAUCCAUUCUGCAGCUGGGCAUAACAUCAUGUAUUGCUGUAUAUUAUAGCUUGGCUUCUCUCCAGGGCUUUAUUUCACAUUUUCUCCUUUGAUUUGUAUUUUUUGGGAUUCUUCUCUCUGCACCUGUCAAGCUAUUGUAAAGCUUUCAACUUCCUGUACUGUCCUGCUAAUGCUGAUCUGUAUUUAUCAUAUUAAGUUCUGCCAGUAUCUUGGUUCAAAUAGUUUGUUUUCUUUCUUUUUUUUUUGCUCGUUGACUUGUUUGUUUCCAUUUUUCAGUUCUUCAUAAAACGUCUGGGACGCUCAAAUUUUUUAAGUGUAUUAUCAAAAAAGAGAAAAAAAAUAAAAAGAAUUAAAGUUAGAUCAGUGGUUUAGGUAACACAUGUUUGUAUAUUUAUCUUAGCUAGGUCUAUUUUGAUACUUUUUGUCUCUGUACUGCAUUUAUGCAUUUUUAAGGAAAGAAAAAACAACAAAUGGAAACAACCUAAAAAGAUUCUACAUUAUGUAUUGAUACCUCAGAAGGACUUUUUUCUCAGACAGGACCAAAACCUCUGAAAAGAAAAAGAUAAAAGAGGAAAAAAAAAUAAAAAUAUGUAGCCCCUCUCUUGCUUUAAAAACAUGGAGCUCUAGAAAAGUGUUGCUGUUGGUCUUUUCAGGUGCCAGUAUGUGUCCCUGCUCCCUGUGACCCCUGACCCCCCCCUCCCCUGUGCUGAUCUUCGACCCGCAGAGCUGUCAAUCAUCUGCAGGUGCCACGGGUUUGUCACUGAGUCAGUCACCCGACUGGCUGUGACGAGCCUCAAACCUCAUGCCCUGUCUCCCAGAGGAAGCUUAAAGACUGAUGCUGCGGCCCUUUUGAUACUCCUCUUUGUAAUCUCAGUGCCAAAAUGUGGAGUAGCUCUCAGAGACGCAGCUCAUCCUCUGACUACCAAAGGCAUCGAGAGCCAACAAUGCUUAGUCCAAACCCCUGAACUGUAACCAAACUGUAACCAAACCAAUGCCACAACCUUAACCAACCAAAAACCAAGCUACUUCCAAAACUCUCCAUCAACUUUACUGAUAGUCAUUAUCCCUCAUGCAUCCACACGGUGGUGUUUUUGGAGCAGCCAGAACUGCUCCGGCUGGUGACUGACUCAAAGGACGGCAGGAAAUCAAAUCCUGACGUUUGAUUGGACAGUUCUGAGGUGUCAUGUGAUGGGAAGGGGACUCUCAAAACAGAGUAUUUUGCCUGAUGGUAUUACAAAAAAAACCUGAAUUCGAUGGAACUACCACUUCAGCUCUCCUCUGGUUAAACCUUAGGAAUGUGUGUACAUUUUUCAGCAGUGACUUUGUGUUUUAUUUCUUUAGUUCAAUUACCUCUUUAUCCCUUUGUUUGUAUGAUUUUUUUCCUUUAUUUUGAAAGUGUGACCCGAGGAAGAGGCGGGAAUAGGGAUUGGGUCGAGGCUUUAGACAGAAAAAGAAGCCCAGCCCUCUUGGCCCUUCACCCCCGGGGUAGCCAUGUAAUGCCAGUCACUGCCCUUUCUUUCAUGCUGUAUAAAAUCACACACACACAUAUAUCUGUGUAUUUGUAACCUGAUUCUUCUUGUGUCUGUCCAUGCAGACAAUAAAAAACUGUACAGUAGGUCUAGUUGCAUGUAAUCUGUACUAAUUAUUGACAAUGGCAUUAUAAAAUGCAAUAAAAUACUUAUUACACUGUC